CAGUCACAUCCCAGCCCGAGUCCGAGGCAGAAGGUCGCUUUAAGAGAUAUCUCAGCUGCUGUCAGCGCUCCUGGCAGGACACCUCCCACCUCCUCCUCCUCCACCUCCUCCUCCACCUCCUCCUCCACCUCCUCUUCCUCCUCCUCCUCCUCCUCCACCUCCUCCUCCUCCUCUUCCUCCUCCUCCUCCUCCUCCACCUCCUCCUCCUCCUCUUCCUCCUCCUCCACCUCCUCCUGCUCCUAAAACUCUGUGUCUCACCUGAUGAGGAGCAGCGCGGACUCCAGCAGCAGGCAGCAUCUCGGUGAAAGUGCUGCGCGGCGGUGGAGGAACGUCCGGAGCAGUGUGAGCAGUGAGCUCACAACACGCUGCUGCACCGGAGGACGGAGGAUCUGCUCCACCUGUCCGGAGCUGAGGAGGUCCGACAGACACACAGCAGCUGCAGAGACCGAGGCUGCAAAUGAAGACGGCUGUGAGGAAGAUUAAGGACGAGGGAAAGCUGUGAAUGCAAAUAUUAUUCAUGAAGUAAUUACAGCAGGUGUGACCCGACAGAUUAGUUCAUUAAGUCCCUCUGAAGUGAGAAAAAGGAAAAAAAACAUCAUGGAGCUGCAGGUCAGCACCAACUACAACCAGGCCAUGUGGAAGGAGGACUUCCCGGGGGAGUGCUCGCUGUCGGUGAGCGGCACCACUUUCCUCAUCAUCGCCUACAGCGCCGUGAUGGCGGUCGGCCUCGUCGGGAACUCCUGCCUCGUGUUCGUGAUCACGCGGCACAAGGAGAUGCACAACGUCACCAACAUCUUCAUCGUCAACCUGUCCUGCUCUGACAUCCUCAUGUGUAUCGUGUGCCUGCCGGUCACGAUUAUCUACACUCUGAUGGACCGCUGGAUCCUCGGAGACGCUCUCUGUAAGCUCACGCCGUUCAUCAUGUGUAUAUCUGUCACCGUCUCCAUCUUCUCCCUCGUCCUCAUCGCCAUGGAGCGCUACCAGCUCAUUGUCCACCCGACCGGAUGGAAGCCAGUGGUGGCUCAGUCCUACUUGGCCGUGGCUGUCACCUGGAUCGUGGCCUGCCUCAUCUCGGUGCCUUUCCUGUCCUACAGCGUUCUCACCAUGCCUUUCCAGAACCUGAGCGUCCCCUUCCCAGACCAUAUUAUCUGCAUGGAGCACUGGCCGUCUAAUGAAGAGCGGCGAGCUUACACCACCUCCCUGCUCGUCUUCCAGUACAUCCUCCCUCUCGCCCUCAUCAUGGUGUGCUACCUGCACGUCUACCUGCGCCUCAGGAGGAGGAAGGACAUGGUGGAGCGCGGCAGGAACGCCACGCAAAAGAAAAACAAGGGCUCCGCGAGGAUCAACGCCAUGCUGAUCGCCAUAGUGGUGGUGUUCGCCAUCUCCUGGCUCCCUCUCAACGUCUUCAACACGGUGUUCGACUGGAACCACGAGGCCAUCCCGCGCUGUGGCCACGACGUCAUCUUCUCAUUCUGCCACCUCACGGCGAUGGCGUCCACCUGCGUCAACCCCAUCAUCUACGGCUUCCUCAACAGCAAUUUCCAGAAACAGCUGAAGUCCACGCUGCUGCGCUGUCGCUGCUGGGGGGUGGCGGAGAGGUACGAGACCGUCCCGCUGUCCACCGUCAGCACCGAGGUCACCAAGGGGUCGAUCCUCAGCAACGGGUCCAUCAGCAUCAAUACUUAGAUCCCAGGCUUUUCAGUCAGAGACAAAGAACCUACUGGGGCCUCUUCCGGCCUCACUGUGUCAUCCUUUGGAGCUUUUCUUGCUUGGCUGCGUCCUAAAAGCAAGGUUGACGUUAACAAUGUUAUAAACCUCACAAUAGCAGUCCGGAGGGAGUCGACCGAAGACACUUAACGGGCUCGGCACGGUGCCCUCGAUUCAACAUGUAAGAGGAAGUAGAUAACACGAUGAUGGGACAAAGGUUGGACAGGUUUAACUGAAGGCACUUUACAUGAGCACUUUUUUUUUUUUUUGCAUCUGUAGUCGCGAAUGAAGAGGCAGCAUUUACCUGAUAUAACCUGUCGUGUUUUCUCUGAAGCAGCGGGAUCGACUCAGAGCUGUUUAACAUUUUGCUUUCAUACUUUUAACCUUUGGAAGCAGCAGCAGCAGCAGCAGAGGAGCGAUGAGGGACGGACGGUUUCUGGUUGCUGUUUUAUUGUUUUCUUAGAUAUGAUUAAAAAAAAAAAAAACGGAUUGUGAACUGUGACGUGUUAAUGAUUAUAAGCAGAGCAGUUUAAUACAUAACCUGAAGGAGAGGACAUUAGUGCAUCAGCUGUGACUGCAGGCGUUCCCUCAGAAGCAUCAUCAUAAUGUGUUUCUUAUUACCUGAAUCCAACACAAACGAUGUAAUGAUCCUUUACAGAACAACCUUGGCGAGAGGCUGUAAACAUUUCACGCCGCCUGCCAGGGUCCACGCUGCAGUAUAUAGUGCGUGUGGGGUGAAUUUCUUCUCAUUCAAUGUGCCAUACAAUAACCAUAUAUCAAGUGCCAUAAAACAAAGUGGCAGUAAAGGUCUCACAGCUGCUGUAUAUAACAUUACUUACUACAUGUCUGGCCUGUAAAACCUGUGACUCAGUUAUUAGUUUAUGAGCGUGUGUACGGGAACGACGAGCACCGUGUAGCGUAGCAGAUAUCUCCUGUUGUCGGUCACUUCUCUUGUGGUAUUCAACUGAAUUAAAAUAUUUACUAUUAUCUUUAA